GCUGGUCGAUCUCGUAAUGUGGUCCAAAAUGACAUUCUGCAACGUCUCUCCUCAUUUGCCCUCGAACAUGGUAUUCGGAUCUCUGUUAAAUGGGUGAGGUCUUGCGAUAACCUGGCAGAUGGCAUCUCUCGCGGCGUUUUUCCCCCUUCCCGCUUUCGUUUCAGCUCUCCUCCUCCCUUGCCUGAUUACCUCAAACCCUUUGUCCGCUUGGUGUAGUUUGGCAGUUCCCUGCAAAGUUUCCCACCGCUUUACGCUAUCACAUGUAAUGGUCGGUCCGGGAACUUUUGAUAUCAACAACUUUCGGGACGGACAAAAUUUGUGCGCUGACCUAUCUUGUAAUACCUCAACUGUAACAUAAUACCGAAAUUCGCUACUGUAACAUAUAUGAGCA